UUUGGAAACGAGAAGCAAGACUAAAAAAGGGGGAAGAACCAAAAAAAAAAAAGAAAAAAAAAAUCUCUCCUUGGAUUUCUUUUUUUACCCCAUAAAGUUACUCCCUCUCGUAAACCCUAACCCUAAUUCGAUCCAACGAGAGAGAGGGAAAACAAUGGGGAGCGCUAAUGGUGGUGGAUCCAAGGAGAAGCUCAUCAUCGACACAGAUCCAGGGAUCGAUGACAGCAUGACCAUUUUGAUGGCUUUUCAAUCAUCAGAGGUAGAAGUCAUAGGUUUGACAACAGUGUUUGGCAAUUGCCAUGCAGAAGAUGCUACUCGCAAUGCUUUACUUCUGUGUGAGAUCGCAGGGCAUCCUGAAAUUCCAGUUGCAGAGGGUAGCCAGGAACCACUAAAGGGCGGGAAACCCUGUGUUUCUGAUUUUGUACAUGGAUCUGAUGGUAUUGGGAAUUUAUUUCUCCCACCGCCUUCAGGGAACAAACUUGAACAAAGUGCAUACGAGUUUUUGGUUGACAAAGUUUCUCAGUAUCCCAGUGAAGUCUCUGUACUUGCAUUGGGGCCUCUCACAAAUUUAGCAUUGGCCAUUAAAAGAGAUUCAUCAUUUGCAAGCAAGGUGAAGAAGAUUGUUAUACUUGGAGGAGCUUUCUUUACAUCUGGAAAUGUUAAUCCCGCUGCUGAAGCAAAUAUUUAUGGGGAUCCUGAAGCAGCUGACAUAGUGUUCACUUGCGGAGCAGAGAUUGUGGUUGUGGGCAUUAAUAUUACAACUCAAGCCAUUCUUUCAGAUGCAGAUAUCUUUGAUAUAAGAAACUCCAAAGGAAGGCAUGCACAGUUCUUAGGUGACAUAACCAAGUUCUACAGAGACUGGCACGUUAAAUCUGAUGGGGUUCAUGGUAUUUUUCUCCAUGACCCAGUUUGUUUCACUGCACUCCUCAGGCCUGAUCUAUUUACUUUUAAAAAGGGGGUUGUGAGGGUUGAAACUCAAGGAAUUUGUGCUGGGCACACAUUAAUGGACCAAGGACUGAAGAAGUGGAAUUCGAGUAAUCCUUGGUCAGGCUACUCUCCGGUCUCAGUUGCCUGGACUGUCGAUGUGCCCAAGGUUAUUGCCUACGUUAAAGAGCUGCUUAUGAAACCCUGAAGGCUUGGGUGAACACAUCAUUUCGAAAAACUUCUGUUAUCAUUUCCAUGUUGGGGAUGUGUUAAAAACAUUUAAAUAAAACAUCAAAUCCCAAAUUUACAUUACCAAUCUGCUGUUGGCAUUUCUCUAGAGGGUUGUGUUGGCAUCAAAAACUUCUGUACUGAUACGGUUUAUGUAAAUGAAAUUACAUAACUGAAAAUUUCUUUCAA